CAACAGUGAAGUCUCGAGCCCAAGAGGUGCACAACGGCUGCCUCUCCCGUCUCGAGCGCGGGGUUCACCCCUCAUUAACAACAUGGAGUUCUGUAACAGCAGCAUGAAGGCGUCAGCAGCUGCCCUCUGCCUGUCACCCGUUAUUUCUCCGGUGAGAGUGGCAGCAGCUCUUCAGUAACGGUGCCGCCGGUAUGACUGGCCCCGGGAACCUGCUCUGCCGUCGGAACAGCAAACUGGAGUCUUUCCUGAAGCGGAACACGGACCGGGCCGUGUACGACCGGAUACGCGCCUACGAGCCGUGCGUGGUGGUCUCGGAGAGCGUCAACAAGGUGUACAUGCACGUGGUGCUGACCGACGAGUGCGUGUACCUGACCCAGUACCCGCCGCGCACGCUCACCGCAGCCGUCAGCCUCAGCCGCGUGCGCGAAAUCUCCCUGAUCAAUGACCUUCCAGAUUUCCUCACUGGGAAGGAAAGGGAACGCUCUCAGCACAUAAGAAUUGUCUACGCUGCCACAAAGCCCACUGGGAGGGGAGAUGAUUGGCAGUGGAGGAGCAAGAAGGAGGGACGUCCUCCUUCACCCCAGCCUUCUCAGAGAGCCCAUCUCCUGACAGUCCCACCCGCCUUAGACGGGGUUGCCUCUCUAUUUUCGGAGAACAGAUGGAGGAUAUCUCCAACAGCACCCCAACAGAGGAACCAGAGGGAGGUGGAAGGAGAGGACAUACACAUGAUAAGGCCUGUGCGCUCUGCAUCCUGUCCCAACCCGGAGACUCUGGGCCUCCCGCGCUUCCCGCGGCCUCCUGCCCAGCCUCCCUCUCCGUCUCCCUCAUUCCACUCCUCUGUCUCCCCUCUCGUCUCUCCCACCUCCCCUUUGUCACCUUCAGACCGAAGCCUGACGUCCCCCAAGCCUGGCCAGGUGUCCAGGAGGAGAGCGUCAGUGCUUGCUCGCCUGCUGAGGAGGGAGAGGGUCAGAAGUGGAGAGAGGGAUGCAGAGGAGAGAGAGCGAGAGGCCGAGCUGCAUCUCUACGCCGUGUCCCGGACGUCCCGCAUCUACCUGCAUCUGCAGAGCUCCUGGAACAGUUACAUUAUUAGGUCCACGCUGCUGUUAGACCCUCUCUACAGGAGGAGGUGUAGUGCUUUGUCCAGCUCGUCUCCUCACAGACCCCCUUCUGCCAUCAGCUGGGAGCGGACAGCCCACCUGUUUUGUCAGCUGAGUGCGGAGCUCCUCCAGGAGGGAAUCAGCCUGGAGAGUCUCUAUGUGUUACUGCAAGAACUAAGAACUGCUGCCCACCGCAAUACAACACUACGCAAACUAUUCUGGAGGUCCAGUGAAAUGGCUGUGUUCCUGGUUCAGACUCUGGAGAAUUCCCUCCAGAACCCUAAGGGAGUUUACACUGCAGAUCAACUACUACUGAGCACUGUGAUCGUCCAGACCCUGGCUAUCAUGUUCAGAGAGAUGGAGGUGGAACCAGGCAGACUCAGCCUGCUGACUGCCAAAAAAGGAGCCCUGACAGCCAGGAUGCUGCUAGCCUUGGUGUGUGACCCAGAGAUACAAACACGCAGCCCGGGAUCCCCCACUGAUCCUGAGCUUCAGGCCUUAUUAGCUGAGUACCUGGAUGCUGCCAACUCUCUGCUCUUUGAGCUUCUGCUUUUAGGCCAAGAGGCCAGCAGGUGCUCGUCUGCAGAGAACUUCCUGACUGUCGGCUGGAUCCUCCGAGUCCUGCAGCCUCAUCCUCACCUGUUGUCCUUCAUGGAUCAUCAGGCCCAGCAGGUGGUGUUGGUUCUGUCAGACGUGCAGCGCUCGGCUCUGACCCCGAUGCAGUCCGUCCUGCUUUUCCAGCGCUGUCGCCUCCUGCUGGCCUGUCUGCAGUACAGCCAGCAGCUGAGCCAGCACCUCCGCUCCCUCUACAGCGAGGAGUUCAGGUACUAUGUGAGGCUGCCGUGUGCUGAGGAAAAGCUGCCGUCUCACUACCCCAUCAGCCAACCAGCUCUGCGUCUGCUCAGGCAGCUGCUGGCCCUCAUCCUGCACAGAUGAUCACACACUGAGCAUUUUCACCCAUAUUACAAAUAAACACAGGCACCAACAUAGCACAGUACAGGAAGUGUGUGCCUUUAUCGUCUCAGCAAGUGAUUUUGUAUAACAUUUUACUGUCAGUUGCUUUGUUUACAUGUAUGGAGUAACUUGGCUUUGAUUGAGGUCUUUUUCUACCUGGGCCUUGCAUACCCACCGAUUGAGUCUCCUCGUUUCCAUGAAUACAAUAAAUUCACAAGAUAAUCCUGCUCAACACCACUUUUUUUCUGACCACAAAAUGAGCCAAGUGAAAAAAACAAAAGUGAGCAGUAAGAUAUUUCCAGCUUCAGUAAACAGUUCAAAGUAAACCAGGUUUGUCAUCAUCACACUAUGAGCCUAACCAGGUUUUUCUACAUCACUUGCAUAUUGAUCUAAAACUAGGCUGUUUGAGUAACCAGGUUAGGAAGGGAAUUCUCUAUCCAUGUAAACAUAGUUGGUCUUCCAUUGAAACCAGAUCUUAGAUCUUUAUUAGUGGAACCUUUCAGAUACUGAGGGGCAAUGUGAUAUAUAUUUAUUUGUGUCUUAACCUUCCAGAAAGAAUAACACUGACUUUUCUUUCCUGUGUCAUGCCUAAGGCAGUUCUGUAUUCAGGUUUAUCACAAUCCAUUAAUUAAUGCUGAAGUAUACUGUUCAAACCCAAUAUCUGAAUUAUAUAUAUAUAUAUAUAUAUAUAUACACACACACACACACACACACACACACACAUAUAUAUAAUGCAGUAACAUCUGUUAUAUCCAUGAAUUAUAAGUUUGAUUAGAAUUAAUGCACAUCUCACUUUAGCACUGGUCCUUCUGACUCAGCUGGGAGGCUCAUCACAAAUCUUAUGCUGUUACUUCCUAAAUCAGCUGUUGCACCUUAUUACUAGUUGGUGCUAAUGUGCUGACCCACUGGUGCAACUGAUACAAGUUACCAACAAGUACGAGGACUGCACUGUUUCCAACUUGCAGAUGAUGUCUCACCAGCAUAUUUUGGUAGUAUGCCUUCAUUUGAUAUUACAUUAGGUACAAGAUAUUUACCACAUGUCAAAAUACAUGUGAGCACAGCCAGGUUGUUAUGGAAUGAUCACUUUGCAUUGUACGUGAUGUUAUUUUGAUCUAAUGAUUGUAAAGGAACUCAUUCAAUGUGUUUCAGUUGUUGAACUUUUGAUUAAAGAUACAGUUUCCUCUACA